UUUUUUUUUUUGUGUAGAACUUGUCAAGGAAAAGAAACGAUAACGCAAUUGAUCAACAACAACAACCUUUCGUAUAUUAUACUUUUUUUUUUAUCUGUCAAUUAGGCUUUCUUGUGGAAAAGAAGAUUAUUCUAUAUUAUCUUGUACCUUUUUGACAAAAGAAAAACUCUGACACCAUGUCCAAUGCUAUUGUGUCCAAUGUUUAUCGAUACGUUAUUGACGAUGUGAUCAAUCAAGUACGUGGCGAAUUUGAAGACAUGGGGAUCGAUGAGGCCGUUUUACAAGAGUUACAAAGGUCUUGGGAAACAAAAGUAGCUCGAUCUCGUGUGGCCAACUUUGGGUUCAAUAACGAUGGAUACUAUGACGAUGAAAGCGAACAAAAUAAUGUAAAUAACGAUAAUGACAACAAUGGCAACAACAGUAAUAACAGCAAUAUCCCCCCUACUACUACGACCGCUACCAACAAUAACAACAAUGUAUACUCAGAGACAUACUCACAAACCAAUCCUCCUGCCGCCAAUCUUGCCACAAUUGCCAAUUCUGGUGUACGAAGUUCAUUACGACCUGAAACUAUUACCAAUACUAUGCGACCUCCUCAAUCACAAAAUCAAAAUACAUUACAACAACAAUCAGCGUCAAUAUCAUACAAUCUACCACCAGCAAAUAUGCCCCAUUUGCCUCCUGUCAAUGGUAGUGGUCAAUAUUCAUCCAUGCAACAACAUCAACAAAAUUCACUUCCUGAUCUUCAAUUGCCUGGUGGAGGUCGACCCAACAUUCCUCAAAACGAUGGUGUUAAUGAUAAUAUGACUACUGAAGAAAUCGAUGCUCAUAUUUCCAAGAUAGUGAUGGAUGCACAUGAACAACAACAAAGCAGUAUACAAGAUGAUUCACCUUCAUUGAGCUUCUCUGCAACCAAUCUAUCUGGAGAAGCAUUGGCAAUGGACAACCUUCCAGAACAUAUCAAAUUGUUGAUGAAAGAUGCAAGGGAAAGAGCCAUUCAAGCUGGUGCGAUUUCAUCAAAAUCUCGUAUUGCUCAAUUAGAUGGUGAAGAUGAUAAUGAUGAUAUCAAUUCUGAUUUGGAUGAUUCAGACGAUGCUGAUGACGAUGCUGAAGGUGGGGAAGAAAUUGAACAUAUCAUCCUUUGCCUUUACGACAAGGUGACACGUACAAAGAACAAAUGGAAAUGUGUGUUGAAGGAUGGCAUCAUGCUGGUCAAUGGUCGGGACUAUCUCUUUCAUCGCGCCAAUGGAGAUUUUGAAUGGUAGAAGAUGAACAAUGGAUCAAGAUAAGGGUUUUAUAGUCACAUUCCCUCCUUUUUUUUUAUUAUUAUUAUUUUAUUAUUAUUAUUAUUAUCAUAUUUGUGAUUCUUCUUUUUUUUCUUCCAAAUUGAAAUUUAUAUAUACUAUUAU